CACAUAAUGGCGGAAGCCAACCAUGAUGAUCCUGACGUCCCACAGACGAACAAAGCGUUUGUGCCUCUCGAGAACAACCCCGAAGUGAUGACCUCUCUUGUCCAUAAGCUCGGCCUCUCGCCCACCCUCGCCUUCCACGACGUCUGGAGCAUCGAUGACCCCGAAAUGCUCUCAUUUGUGCCUCGUCCCGCCAACGCUCUCCUCCUCGUUUUUCCCGUUUCUAAAUCUUACGAAACCUUCCGGAUGCAGGAAGAUUCAGAGAGGCCCGUGUAUGAGGGUACGGGCGCCGAGCCGGUUAUCUGGUACAAGCAGACGAUUAGGAAUGCGUGUGGACUGAUUGGCAUUCUGCAUGCCGUCAGUAAUGGGAGUGCUAGGAAUUUUAUCGAACCGGAUUCGGACCUCUACAAGCUCAUUAAGGAAGCAACCCCACUUGGUCCCAUCGAACGUGCGGAACUUCUCUAUAAUUCAAAAGCGUUGGAGAGUGCGCAUCAGAGCGCAGCUUCACAAGGUCAGAGUACGGCGCCUGGUGCAGAAGAUGAGGUGGAUUUACACUUUGUUUGCUUCGUGAAGGAUGAGAAGAAUCAUUUGUGGGAGAUGGAUGGACGAAGGAAGGGGCCACUGGAUAGAGGACAAUUAGAAGCGGGGGAAGAUGUACUGAGCGAGAAGGCGCUGGACUUAGGACCAAGAAAGUUCAUACAAAGAGAGAUCUCGACUAGCGGAGGAGAGAUGAGGUUCAGCCUGAUCUCACUGGCUCCUAGCUUUGGUUGA